CGCGUCUUCUCAUUAUGACAGCUAACGUUAGCAAGUGCUGUAACCCGAAAGAGGGAGUUCAGAAACGCUGUGGAAUAGACGUAUCGAGCUAACCACUUAUUGCUUACUGCAAUUAUUUCACGGUUAUAGGGAUUCCGUAAACAACUGUUAUACUAAUCAACUUGUUUGUCCUUUGCCUCUCUGCGUGAGCUGGUAAAGAUGAAGCCAGACAUCCACACUCUGGCCCAUCACCUGAAGCAGGAGCGGCUGUAUGUGGCCUCAGAGAAGCAGCUGAUCCAGCGGCUCAAUGGGGACGUGCUGAAGACUGCUGAGAGGCUGUACCGUGCUGCCUGGAUCACCAAGCAGCAGAGGAUCAACCUCGACCGGCUCAUCCUCACCAGUGCUGAGGCUUCCCCGGCCGAAUGCUGCCAGCAUGCCAAAGUGCUGGAGGACACACAGUUCCUGGAUGGUUACAAGACUCUGGGCUUCCAGGAGAGCAUCUACGGGGAGUUCCUGGGKCGGGUGCGGGAGAAUCCCCGGCUGGUGGCCUCCUGCCUGGUGGCUGGGGAGAGGCUGAACCAGGAGCACACACAGGGGGUCAUUUACACUGUUUUCACCUCACUCUAUGGCAACUGUAUCAUGCAGGAGGAUGAGAGCUACCUCUUGCAGGUCCUGCGAUACUUGGUGGAGUUUGAGCUAAAGGAGAGCGACAACCCUCGGCGGCUGCUGCGGCGAGGCACGUGCGCCUUCAGCAUCCUCUUCAAGCUCUUCUCUGAGGGGCUGUACUCCGCCAAGCUCUUCCUCACCGCCACCCUCCACGAGCCCAUCAUGCAGCUGCUGGUGGAGGACGAGGACCACCUGGAGACYGACCCCUCCAAGGUGACAGAGCGCUUCACGCCGGCGCAGCAGGAGCGCCUGUUUGGGGAGAAGGGCUCGGAGGGCUACAGGCAGAAGGUGGCUUCUGCUGUGGAGGCCAAUGAGGCCAAGCUGGUGACCCUGGUCAACAAGUUCAUUGGCUACCUGAAGCAGAACACCUACUGCUUCCCCCACAACCUGCGCUGGAUUGUGUCUCAGAUGUACAAGACGCUGUCGUGUGUGGAGAGGCUAGAGGUGGGCGAGGUGCGGACCAUGUGCACGGACCUGCUGCUCACCUGCUUCAUCUGCCCAGCCAUAGUCAACCCUGAGCAGUAUGGCAUAAUCUCAGAUGCCCCUAUCAACGAGGUGGCUCGCUUCAACCUCAUGCAGGUAGGGCAGCUUCUUCAACAGUUGGCAAUGGCUGACGGUGAUGGAGACCCCAGGAGGAAAAACAGUUUGGCCAAGUUCGAUAAGAGCUGCGUAGCUGCCUUCUUGGAUGUGGUAAUCGGAGGGAGAGCUGUGGAGACGCCGCCCAUGUCCUCCUUGAACCUACUUGAAGGCCUCAGCAGGACUGUGGCGUACAUGACACACAGUCAGCUGCUCUGCCUGGUGGACUUUGUACGGAGUGUGAUGGCAGGGGACCACCUCCGGGAGGAGGAGCACAUACUCCUGGAGACCCUAAUGGCCAACGUGCCGCAGUCCCGCACAGUGAAGAGCAACAGUCUGGAGCUCACCCCCUCCAACACCCCCCAGCUUUCCCCAACCACCACCCCCGCCAACAAGAAGAACAGGAACUUAGGACAACAGUUAGCAACGUCCUGGGACUCCACAACCACCACCCUGUCUGCACACAUUCCAUUAGUUACCCCUUUUGCCUCCCGCAGUCGCAGCCGUACUGAGCUGGCCCAGCAGGAGGAAGCAGAGGCCAGCUCCAUGGAAUCCCUGCAGGAGGUGAUGCCAGAAGAGGUCCUGGUGAUCUCACUAGGAAGCAGCCCGCAGACCAUCCCCGGCAUGAUGUCAGAGAAUGAGGUGUUGACCGUGCAGCAGACUGAUGGAGCACAAGGGUACACUCCUGUAGACGACACCAAGCACCAUUGCAAACCAGACAAAACCCUGCGUUUCUCCCUCUGCAGUGACAACCUGGAGGGUAUCUCAGAGGGUCCGUCCAACCGGUCUAACUCUGUGUCGUCUCUGGACCUGGAGGGAGAGUCUGUGUCAGAGCUGGGAGCUGGGCCAUCAGGGAGCAAUGGGGUGGAGGCUCUACAACUGCUGGAGCAUGAACAUGCCACCACUCAGGACAACCUGGAUGACAAACUGAGGAAGUUUGAGAUACGAGACAUGAUGGGCCUGACAGAUGACCGGGAUAUCUCUGAGACUGUGAGUGAGACCUGGAGCACAGACGUGCUGGGCAGCGACUUUGACCCCAACAUAGACGAAGAUAGACUGCAGGAAAUAGCUGGGGCGGCUGUAGAGAACAUGCUGGGCAGCCUGCUGUGUCUACCAGGCUCUGGUUCAGUGCUGCUAGACCCAUAUGGAUCCACCAUCUCCGAGACCACCAGCGAGGCCUGGAGUGUGGAGGUCCUGCCCAGCGACUCAGAAGCCCCAGACCUGAAGCAGGAGGAGCGUCUACAGGAGCUAGAGAGCUGCUCAGGGGUGGGCAGCACCUCCGAUGACACAGAGGUCAGAGAGGUCAGCUCUCGGCCCAGCACCCCAGGGCUCAGCGUCGUCUCAGCGACAUCAGAAGACAUCCCCAACAAGACAGAGGACCUGCGGUCAGAGUGCAGCUCGGACUUUGGGGGGAAGGACUCUGUGACCAGUCCAGAUGGGGAGGAGUCAUCCCAUGGAGCACAUCACAGUUUGGCCUCUCCGCCCUCUCAGGCUGASUCCUUACUGGCCAUGUUUGAUCCCCUCUCUUCCGGCGAAGAUUCCUCCACUGGUACCAUCGUGAGGCCCAAGGUGCACUACGCCAGGCCCCUUCAUCCUCCCCCUGACCCUCCCAUCCCAGAGACCUGUGCCCUGGGCCAGGAGCCCCGCUACUCCCUGUUCACGCCCCACUGCCUGGCCCAAGCCGAYCUGGAGCACACCAAGCAGCGCCACUCCUACACAGACAGGCUGGUACGCAGCCGCAGCUCUGACAUUGUGUGCCCAGGCCGCCGACCCACCAGCGACCCGGGCCUGAACCGCAGGGCUGCAGCCGAGGAGCGGGACCAUGCCGGGGCCUUCUUUAUGGGUCCGUUCUCGUCUCCUAGCAAGGACUCCCUGAAAGGAGAGGUUGAGGAGAGAAAGGACAGUGAUGAGGAAAAGUCUGAUCGCAACAGACCGUGGUGGAAGAAACGCUUUCAGUCAGCCAUUCCUAAAGCUCCGAUAGCAGCCUUACGGAAAAGGGACAAGCAAGAGAAAGACAAUAUGGGCCAUGAACGUGUCCCACAAGACGACCCUCUGUUCAGGAACUCCCAGGCCCAGGCAGCAGAAGACAUCCUUGACAAGUACAGGAACAUCAAGAGGACCAGUCCCAGUGAAGGAGCCACUGCUGCAGCCUACGACGCCACAGAGUUGUGUGGAGAGGAGUGUGUGCACAACUCCCCCAGAGACGAAGCUCUGCAGAACAUGUCCACAGACGACCUGCCAGACUCAGCCAGCCAGACAGCCCAGCAACACGAUUCCAACAAGUUCUCAUUCAGUGAUGCAAAGAAGAAGUUGAGGCUGGCCUUGUGUUCAGCAGAGUCUGUGGCCUUCCCUCUCAUGGCUCCUGCCACCACACGCAAUGGGCUGCCUGACCACACAGACUUUGAAGACAACGAGAUCGUGUGCUUCCUGAAGGUCCAGCUGGCGGAGGCCAUCAACCUGCAGGAUAAGAACCAGAUGGCCCAGAUCCAGGAGACCACGCGCUGCGUCAGCCGCUUCGACACACGCACCUGCAAGAAGCUGCUGGCUGCCAUUGCUGAGGAUUACAGGAAGCGGGCACCCUACAUAGCGUAUCUGACGCGGUGUCGGCAGGGCCUGCAGACAUCCCAUGCCCACCUGGAGAGGCUGCUGCAGAGGGUGCUGAGGGACAAGGAGGUGGCUAACCGCUACUUCACCACAGUCUGUGUUCGCCUCCUACUGGAACACAUGGAGGCUAAGUCCCUGGAUUUCAUCAAAGCCUUCCAGGGGUGCACAGCGUCAGACGACAAGACGGCGGCGGUGGAGGACUUCCUGCGCUACCUGUACGGGGCCAUGGCCCAUGAUGCAAUCUGGCAGUAUGCCAGCGAGGAUCAGCUGCAGGAUGCCCAGAUGGCCAUCGAGCGCAGCGUCAUGAACCGCAUCUUCAAGCUGGCCUUCUACCCCAACCAGGACGGGGACAUCCUGAGAGACCAGCUUCUUCAGGAACACAUAGCACGUCUCUCAAAAGUGGUGACAGCGAAUCACAAAGCUCUUCAAAUCCCAGAGGUGUAUGCGAGGGAGGCUCCCUGGCCGUCUGCCCAGUCAGAGAUCCGGACCAUCAGUGCCUACAAGACCCCUCGGGACAAAGUGCAGUGUAUUUUACGCAUGUGUUCCACCAUCAUGAAUCUCCUGAGUCUGGCCAACGAGGACUCUGUCCCCGGAGCUGACGAUUUUGUCCCUGUGCUUGUCUUUGUCCUGAUAAAGGCAAACCCGCCUUGCCUGCUGUCCACUAUUCAGUACAUCAAUAAUUUCUACGCCAGCCGGCUGAGUGGGGAGGAGUGCUAUUGGUGGAUGCAGUUCACCGCGGCAGUGGAAUUCAUUAAGACCAUCGACGAUCGCAAGUGAAGCAGAACAGCCACCUGUAUGGGCAGACCGUGGUGAAGGAGACGGGACUGGGAAACUUCCCAACCAACUGCUCCCUCUCUCUCUGKUCCCCACAGCCACCAGGACCCAGGCCCACACCCUGUCUGCUGUCUGUUUGUAUAGCUGUACAUAGUCAGAGACUGAGAGUAUAUAUGCUUAUUAAGUGGGCAAAAUCCAGUUUUUACAGUGGAGAAAAAGGCCUUGGAAAAAUGGCAGAUGUUAACUUUGAACUUAAACUAAUUCAAUUUUUUUCCUUUCAUCUCUUGGGUCUCCGUAGUCAUG